UUCUCCAUUUGGCCUCUGCAUUGAUUUGGUCGUCGAGUCCUCAGACCAGCCUCAUUUUAGGGACUCAUAUCCGCAACGGUUUUAAUUCAGGCAGACACCGUCGCGCCGCCUUGUCUUGACCGUCAACGGACCCCAUUUCCGGCGACCGAGCGCAAUGUCUCGGUUAAACAGCUCCGAGAACAGUUUCGGUGUCCUCGACCCUGAAGCUUCCUGCGAUUUCUCAUCUUUCGACGAAGCGGUCUACGCAGCACUGGUCGGGGAGAAUUUCGACACCAAGUUUCCGACCAACCCCUUCCAACAGCCCCCAAGAAGAGUCUACGAUGGCAUGUAUAAUGAGGUGUCGUCCGCAGGACCAUCAACACAGACGGCAGAUCAAGGGUAUUCCGUGUAUUCUGCGGAUAAUUCGCAUUAUGCAGGAUCUCAUAACAACGAUGAUAUGGGGUUUAGUCCUGUCGGACGGCCUAUGCAGCAGAUCACCCAUAUGAGCAUUGGAUCGUUGAAUACAUGGGUUUCGGACGUCCCACAGUUUGGUGCUGAACAUCGAAAUCUGAAACACUUCUAUCUACCAACGAUCGAAGAGCAGCCGCACCAUUCGAAGAAGCGAAAGACCAAUCCCACUUCGAGAUCGAUACAGAAUCUUAGAGCAAUGGACAUCGUCUGGGAGAACGACCCGAGCUUCGCCUCCGACGCUGAGGGACUGAAGGAUCUCGACAUUAUAUACAAUAAGCCAGUCGGGAUCAACGAGGCUCCAGAUGGCACUUACGGCGAUCCAUCGGUUAUCAUGUCGCCAGCAAUCCCUUAUCCUAUGGCUGAAACUGUUCCCGAUUCCCCCAGCCGAAUCGGCUCCGUCGAUACCUCAGCACGCAUCUCGCUGCCGACCGAUUCUAGGCGUCGCAUGCCGCGGGAGGCGGAUGGGUAUACCUGCGACGAGUGUGAGGAGCGAUUCGACAUUAAUAGUGCGCUAACAACCCACAAAAGAAGAAAGCAUCUGCGGCAUCAACAACGACGACAUCAUUGCCUUCAUCCAGGCUGUGAAAGGGCUUUCCAAUAUCCGAAGGACUUGGAAAGACACAAGACCAGCCAUAUGGACCAGCCACCAAAGUUCCCAUGUUUGGAACCAGGUUGUACCAAGGGCUAUUCAAGGAAGGACAAUUUGAAAAGGCAUAUCCGAUAUUUUCAUAGCGGUGAAGGAUGACGUUCCCGGUCUUUUAGAGUAGUGGUAGGGAGCCUCAUCGCGGAUAAUGCGUGGGAAAUGCACCCGACGCCCCAGAAAGAGCCACGAAUGGGAGAUUUGUCCGAAGCCUUUACAGCCAUACGCUCCUGGAAUUUUACCACAGUAUAGGAUAUUGACUUGGUCC